AAAAUAAAAUGGGAUUGUAGAUUCCCAGCCCAUGGAGGUGAUGCUGUCUUGGUUUGGGAAGGAGAGGACUGUAAAAUCCGAGGGAUAACAUUUGAAAGAAUGGAAGAGACGGAAGAAAAUCCCAGUGCUCUUGAGGUGGCUGAUAGCAGUUGCAAUGAGAGCAAAAGCCACAAGACGAUUCUUCAUCUGCUGAUAAAAAUGAUCAACAAGUCUCGAUGGAAGAUACUUGGAGUAUUGGCUAUAUUUUUGGUGAUGGUGUGGUAUACAAAAUCCCGGGAAGAAAGUUUGUCUUACAGUUUUGAUUACCCAGUGCAACAGAUGACUUGUCCUCUGGGAGAGGUGGAGAAGAAAGCUGCACAGCUCAUCGCAAAUUACACACGGGAACAUCCACUAUUUUUACAGCUAAAGGAUUACUUCUGGGUAAGGACCCCCUCACCCUACGAGCUGCCAUAUGGUACUAAAGGAAGCGAGGAAAUUCUCUUGCGAGUUCUGGCGAUCACAAGUUAUGCUGUGCCUGAAAGCUUACAAAGUUUGAAGUGCCGGAGAUGUGCAGUAGUAGGAAAUGGACACCGGCUCAGAAACAGCUCUAUGGGAGAAGCUAUUAACAAAUACGAUGUUGUGAUCAGAUUGAACAAUGCACCAGUUUAUGGUUAUGAGAGCGACGUGGGCUCCAAGACCACUAUGCGGCUCUUCUACCCGGAGUCAGCACAUUUCAACCCCCAAAGAGAAAACAAUCCAGACACAUUGCUGGUGCUGGUGCCAUUCAAACCCAUGGAUUUCCAGUGGAUGGAAACAAUAUUGCACGACAAGAAAAGGGUUCGGAAGGGCUUUUGGAAACAGCCUCCCUUAAUUUGGGAUGCAAAUCCUGAGCAAGUGCGAAUCCUGAACCCGUAUUUUAUGGAAAUAACCGCUGCCAAAUUGCUUAAGCUUCCAAUGAAGCAGCUGAAGAAGUUAAAACAGAAACCAACCACAGGAUUAGUGGCUAUCACCUUAGCAUUGCACUUCUGUGACAUAGUUCAUAUCGCGGGCUUUGGAUACCCUGACUCCAAGAAGCAGACCAUUCACUACUACGAGCAAGUCACACUGAAGUCGAUGACUGGUUCAGAACACAAUAUCUCACAUGAGGCAUUAGCAAUAAAAAAGAUGCUUGAACUGGGUGUCAUCAAGAACCUCACCUACUUCUGAUGGAAAAUGGACUGCCGUUUUGAGGGUUUUUUUCUGAGCCAGCUGCUGGUCCAACACAGCUGCCCAUGGCUAGCUGUCCCUUGCCCCCACCCCCCAACAUUGACUGGUGUGGAGACCCUGCAGCUUCACUCGAAACACUGGGGUGGAAGUGUGUGACCCUUAGAUGUAUUGGCAGCUAAGGAUGGAGAUGGUCUGGGAAGUGGUUGGUUGAUGGCAGCAGCUGGAAGCAGGGUGGAUGCUGCCUGCUACAGAGUCCUCUUUGCACGGACUGUUGCAGGAUUUUCUCUGCACCAAGUUGAGACUUUUAGAUACAGAAGUUCCCAAAAGCUUCACUCGUGGCAUAGAAGAGCCUUUGGGAGGCCAAUGACUGAGCUGCCUGUGGGCCUCAAGGGUGGCACAAGUGGCAUUCCCAUUGGGGGUCAAAUUAUCACCCAUGUGGCACCUCGAGAUCUUUAAUCACUUUUGCCUUCUGACUCCGGGAAGUGCAGUGGUAGUUGCUUACUCUGCUGUUUCUGUUGAAACUAUGUUAGGUGUCACCGGACGGAGCAGGGGGGCAAUUGAAUGAAGGAUUGUUAGCUGCCUGCCAUAUUUAAUGUUUGUGUUUGAAUGAGACAAAAGUGUACUGGUUCAAGUCCUCCAUGCAGUGAAGGAGUUUGGAAUACCCAGGAGAAAGCUGUUAGGGAUGGUGGGAGUUGAUAAUGUUGAUUUCUCUGUCUCAUUCAGUUCUUAUUUUUUGGAGUCUGUGACAUAAGGGGAGGAUACCCUACAGUAUUUGAUAAGUGGUUUUUUUUUACUUAAAAAAAGGUGCCAAGCUGAACAUGGGUGUUUCUGGGCACUUCGUUGGAAGUAAAUCCUCCUUCUGUGAAGGGUGUGUGUGUGUGUGUGUGUGUGUGUGUGUGAGAGAGAGAGAGAGAGAGAGAGAGAGAGAAUGAGAGUAUGUCUGUAUACGAAGUCUGUUAUUAAAUAUAAGCUGUAGGCUUUUUUCCCCUCUAGCAUUUGGGAGUUACUUCCCAACAGACAUAAGACUCCAGUACAAAUGAAAUGGCAUAACCAAAGCUGAAUGUUGAAGGAAAGAAGGAGAGGGGGAGGGGGGAGAUAGCUGGGAAUUGUGUAUC